AUGUCCACCAAACGCAUCACAAAGGAAUUCGCAGAAGUCUCCCAAUCACCCCCCGAAGGCUUCACCGUCGCCCUCCCCCCCAACGAAUCCAUCCACACCUGGCAAAUCACCCUCGUCCCGCCGCCAACAUCGCCCUUCCACCCCGGCAAAUACGGCAUCCUCCUCACCCUCCCCGUCGAAUACCCCUUCAAGCCCCCCACCGUCCGCUUCACCACCCGCCUCUACCACCCCAACGUCACCAACGACUCCCUCGGCAACAUAUGCCUGGGCAUCCUCAAGCCCGAGAACUGGAAGCCCUCCACCAAGAUUGCCGCGGUGCUGGACGCCGUGCGCAACCUGCUCGUCGAGCCGCAGCCCGAUGACCCCCUCGAGGAGAGAAUCGCAGACGAGUACAGAAACGACAGGGCGAGCUGGGAGAAGAAUGUCAGGAUUCACGUCGAGAAAUAUGCGCUUACUGAGCCUGCCUUUCCGCCGGCUGCCAAGUAG